AUGAAAUAUUCGAAUCCUAAGAAACUCUCAAUUCAUUUAGAUUUCGCAGCAUUUAAAGCUGAAUUUUAGAAUUCUUUACCAUCUUCAACUAAAAAAAUAAGUACUCAACCAAAUAGUCCAAAUGGGAUUACCAAAAAUAUUAAAACUCAAUAACCUUUAAUACUAGUUUAAAACUCUCUAUCGAGUUAAAAUAUAUUGUCUCCAUAAUAGAAGAAGUCAACAGAUUUCGAAAGUACUUUCAGCAAAUUCCCUCUUCUUGUUGAUUAAUUUGUUAAGCUAUAUAAUUUAAGCAAAAGCGAAACCGGUGAAUUGACAGGGUUAAAACAAGUAAUUAAUCUUGAAAUUUUAGGUCUAUUAUUAUAAGCCAUAGAAGAUAUCAUCAGAAGGACCAAAUGGUGAUUAUUUAGCUCAUCCUAAGGAUCAUGUUAGAUAUCAAUAUGAAAUUAUAUAACAAAUAGGAUCUGGAAGUUUUGGACAUGUAUUUGAAGUAAUAGAUCAUAAAACAAAAAAUACGGUUGCUUUGAAAAUAAUUAGAAAUUAAGACAAUUUAAAAAAAUAAGCAUAGGUUGAAACAAAUAUCUUACUUGCAAUAUAAGCAAAAGAUCCUAUGAAUAUCUAAUCAAUAGUUAAAUUAUAAGAUCAUUUUACAUUUAGAGGACAUUAAUGUUUAGUUUUUGAGAAAUUGGACUGCACUUUAUUUGAAAUGUUGAAAUAUCAAUUAUUUAGAGGAUUUGAUUAUGAAACUUUAAAGAAAAUAGCCUAUUAGAUAGUGAAAGGCCUGAUUUUUUUAAGGUAAUGCAAUAUUGUACAUUGUGAUUUAAAACCAGAAAAUAUUAUGAUUAGCGAUAUGCAACAAAAAAUAAUUAAAAUAGUUGAUUUUGGAACUGGAUGUUUUGAAGGUAAUUAAUUUUAUACUUAUAUUUAAAGUAGGUAUACAAUUUAAAAUAUAUUAGAUAUUAUCGAGCUCCUGAAGUAUUUUUUGGUUUAAAAUAUGGUUAUGAAAUAGAUAUGUGGAGUUUGGCAUGUGUAAUAGUUGAACUUCAUACUGGAAAGCCUUUGUUUCCUGGAGAAAAUGAAGUAGAUCAAUUUAAUUUGAUAAUGGAAGUUAUAGGUAUUCCAAAAGUUGAAUUUGCUUUGAAAUGCCCUAGAAAAAAGAUGUUCUUUGAUGAUUAAGGACAUCCUAAGAAAACUAUUAAAUAAUAUAGAAAACCAAAAUCAAUUAAUUUAAAUGAAUUACUUAAAACAACAGAAGAGGAUUUAGUUGAUUUCAUACAAAAGUGUUUAGUUUGGGAACCAGAAUUAAGAAUGAAAGCUAAUGAAGCAAUUUAACAUCCUUGGAUAAAAGGAUAAGCCUUAUAAGAAAAAAAUAAAGUGAUUUCAUUUCGUAAUUUUAAAGAGAAUCAAAUAAAUAAAAUAACAAAAUAAUAAUUUAAAGAAUCAUUUGAUAAAAAGAUCAUGGGAACAAUAGAAAAAACAAAGGCUUUGAUUGCUCAUAAUAAAAAUAAUAGUUAACCUACUAUAUUAAAUAGUGCAAGGAAUCAAGAAUUAUCUAGUUUUAGAUAGAGAUAAUAGAUGGUUUAAUCUAUUCAUUAAAUAUUAAGAUAAACAAAUACAAAAAAGAGUUCAUUCAUCAGAAAACCAUCUAUUGAAUGA